AUGAACCGCUUCAACUUCAGCAACACUACCUUUUGGAAUACGAGCAAUUUGGUGGAGAGUUACAACAUCACCCGCGCCGCUUUAUUUAAUCCAGGAUGGACACCGCUGCUUAUUGAGGUGACGGUCGUCACUUGCAUAUCUUUCAUGCUAAACCUGGCGGCGUUAAUAUUACAAUUUCUACCGCAAACCCAAAUCACGUCCUUUGCCAUUUAUUUAAUUGUCAUCUGCUCUAGCAACGUGGUAUACUUAGCCGUGGUCAGACCGAUCGGCACACUGAGCUCCUUGACGAACACAUGGACGGGAGGCCACUCCUUGUGCGUCAUUUUCCUGUACUUUCAGAAAGUCGUCAGCGUCAUUCCCGUUCUGGCCCAUGUGCUGAUUUCUAUCAACCGUCUAUGGGCUAUUAAAUAUCCCAUGUCCUACCGGCAGCACCACCAUAAAAAGGUCGCAAUUUUAUUGUGUUUGACGAUGAUUGGUUAUGUGCAUCUGGUACCAUUCCCGGCGUUCCUCGUUGAUUUUUUUUACUGUAAUCCACCGGAGAAACAACGUGGCUGCCAGCCGAUCACCGGCUCGAUGAUACACUGGAGCCGGACCGAUUUUGUGCUGCACCGACUGAUUCCGCUGGUGUUUAUCGUCGGUGUAUAUAUAUACAUUAUUGUUAGACGCUGGCAGAGACGACGUGAAGUGACCGAUCAGGAUGCGGGAAAUCGUGGGUCCAGCCAGAACUGUACCAGCGCACGCACGGCCGUUCUAGCAGCCGCGGAACGGGCCAGAGCGGGGACAUGGAGAACCAGACCGAUGACGGGUGUUAUUAGAAGGAGACGGGUAAAACCGUUUAUUGUGCUGACUAUGACGUCCGUAAGCGUGCUGAUCUGCUGGAUUCCGGCGGAUGUGUACUGGUUUGCCAUGGUGUAUUUGGAUGUUCGAUUGUCGAGUGCGGUGUUCAGUGUCGCAACGACACUGUAUUCUGUUCAAAUGAUUUUUGAUCCGCUGAUGUGGUUUUUCAGUUUACGAUAA